GAGUGAGUAAUAAUUUAUCAAUAUUUUGGGUUUUUUCUAAGAGAGAAUCAAGAGAGUGAAAAAUGCGAAGGCAGCUGGGCGUGGGGCUGCUAACUAAAAUCGCAAGAAAUGGCCCUUCGAUCAACGUAAUAUCGCCAAAAUCUGCGUCUCCCUCCUCAUUCCUCAUCCCAUUUCAUCGUCGCUCUCUCUCCGAGUAUUCCACGCUUUCACGUUCCCAUUUAUGGAAACUAUGCUGUCCCAAUGGCCUUAGAGGGACAAUCCGAAAUGGAGCUUUUCCCCCUUCACUUCUCGCAACAAGGGUUUUUUCCAACGCCCUUUUGCAGGGGCGACCCAAAUUUCCUGUUACGUUUCGUAACAGAAGGUCACUGGCUUCGUUUUCACUAGACCGCCGGCGGAGAUCAAUUUUCAGAAGGUUUAUACCGGACCGAUGUGUGGUGUUAUUGAUAGUGACGAAUGUUCUUGUCUAUCUAUUAUGGAGACUUGCACACCCAAAGUUUAUGGUGAUAAAUUUUAUGGUUUCUGCAGACCACAUCCAACAUGGCAUGUUCCACACGCUGAUAACCAGUGCGUUCAGUCAUAUAAAGACGGAUCACCUUAUUUCAAAUAUGCUCCUACUAUCCAUCUUUGGAACACGUAUAGCACGAAAGUUUGGACCGUUAUAUUUGCUGAAGUUGUAUCUAGGUGGUGCAAUUGCUGGCUCGAUGUUUUUUGUGGUAUAUCAGGCUUUCCUAGCUCCGUCAGUUAAGGUUAAACGGCCAGCUAUUAGCCCUUUGGAGUUUCCAGGACUGGGUGCAAAUGCUGCUGUGAAUGCGAUAGUGCUGCUCGAUAUAUUUCUAUUUCCACCAGUUCCUGCUUUUUUUGCGGGGAUGCUAAUAAUCGGCAUGGACAUGUUGUCGUGGAAGAAGGGGAGUAUUGUGAUCUCCAUCUUCCCGGGCGUGCGGUUGGUAAGGGAGGCGGAGACAGAGAUUUAUGGAGCCGCGCAUAUAGGUGGAUCGGCGGCUGGUGCCAUAGCUUGGCUGAGUAAAAGGAAGGGACGCUUUGGACGAUUCUGAUUUUAUAUAACUCAUUUGUUUCUAGUUUAUAAGUGCAUCUACUCUACGAUCGCAUUUGGCUUCCCAGUUUUUUCAUUCCCAGCUCCAGAUGAAUUCUUGUUACAUCUAUUUUGAUGUAAAUUGGAUUUGAUAUUCAUCUUUUUAUUUAGUUUCAUCAUACUAUGGGAAUUCCCCAAGAAUCAAAA